CGCAUCGUCGUCUGAGAUAGACAGAUAGAUCCAAUCAAUCCCUACGGCAUCCGGUCUCUCAGUUAGCAAGGAAUCAAUCCAGCGAAACUACGAUUUCCCACUAAUACCAGCAACCAUGAAGAUCCCUGCCGCCUCCCUCUCGGCUCUAUUUGCCACACUGACUGCCUCGACCGCGGCAUUUGCUCCCACGUCGACGGCCUCCCGAAGUUCCACCGUUGCCUUUCGUCGGGCUUAUUCUCUAGCGAUGGCCGAUAAGCCGUACGAACCCGAUCCCGACUUCGAUUACGACAUGGUAGUGAUUGGAGGUGGGUCCGGAGGUGUUCGCGCCUCUCGAAUUGCUUCGGGAUACGGCGCCAAGGUUUUGUUGCUGGAGGGCCAGAACCANUUUUUUAACCCUAUUCGUUGAAUAGAAGGAUUCAACAAAUAAGGGGUUAAACGUCAG